GGUGUUGGGGAGGGGAUGGGUCCAUGUGUCUUUGGCCAACUUCCACGUCGAAAGCAGCCGCUCUAAAGCUUUCGAAAAAUACGCCAUUUGAGUCUCAUUCAGUUGAUUCUCGCCAUUUUUUCGGUCUUGACGCGAUUUCUUGUGAAAAAUGAAAUACUUUUUCUUAUUUUCCCUGUUGGUUUUACCGGUCGUCAUCUUCAUGGUGGACAACCGUAAAAUGGUGGCUUAUGGUGCAGAAGAAGACCCCAUAGACGAGGAUGAGGCGGAUGUGGAGGGAGAAGAAAACGACGUAACGGCCACAGAAGAAAGUGAAGAAGAAGAAGAGGAGGCCCUUUCCAAGGCCUCCCCGGAUGCCGACACGAUUUUACUGUUUGUGAAACCGGCUUUGCCCCAGGGGGCCUCCCAGUUGGAACUGACCGCUGGCACCCCCGUCGAAUUUCUUGUGGGUUUCCGGAAUAAGGGACAACAGGAAUUCGUGGUGGAUGCCAUCGAUGCCUCUUUCCGCUACCCCAUGGAUUUCAAUUUCUUCAUUCAGAACUUUUCCGCGAUUCCCUACAAUAAAAUAGUGAAACCGGAGCAGGAGGCCACAUUCUUUUACAGCUUCAUGCCCUCGGAAACGUUCGCAGGACGCCCCUUCGGACUGAACAUUAACCUCAAUUAUCAUGAUGUUUCCGGAAAUGCUUUCCAGGAAGCCGUUUACAACGAAACUGUUCAAAUUGUGGAAUUGGAUGAGGGAUUCGACGGGGAAACGUUCUUUUUGUACAUUUUCUUGGCUGCAGGAGUCGUUCUGCUGUUGGUCAUUGGACAACAGACUCUCUUGUCUGUAGGGAAGAAGAGGCCAGCGGCCAAGAAAUCCGCACCAGUUGAAACUGGAACCAACAAUCCAAACAAUGUGGAUUACGAUUGGUUGCCUGCUCAGACUUUGGCCAGUUUAAACAAGGAAAAGGGACAAAAGUCUCCCAAAGCCUCCAAACAGCAGCAGAGCCCCAGGCAGCGCAAAGUGAAACGGUCGACUGGAUCAGAGUAAGAUGUAGGACAGAGAAAACAUUCAUUUUGUACAUUUUUCAGUCCAUUGAAAUCGUUUUCAUUGUUGAACAACAUUUUUUUAUUUAUAAUUAUUUUUUUUAGUGUUAGCGUUGUGAUUUAUUAUUUCUGUUAAUGUAAAUAAGUUAAAAGAAAGUUAAUUUACCAUAAUGGUAAUGGCAAUAGACCUUUUUCUAAUAAAAAAAACCUCGGAAAA